AUCAACAAGCGGCAGAACGUUUGCGUUUUUGCAAAUAUUAGCAAAAAUCAUUUUACUUUAAAUUUUUAUGUCUUUUAUUUAGCUUCUUUCUUUCCAAACGUUUUUACUAUAUUUUAGAAUUUUUUCAUCCCCCUUCAGUGAUUGGAAAUGUACAGAAUUGCAGUUUUAUGACAGAUGUUAAAGUGUUAGUACGCGCCAGUUUACCAAGAUCAUUACAACAAAUUAACGAUAAUGGAGAAAUCUCUUGUCAGCUCCAGUGCAAUGGCCUCUACCAGUGAUGCAAAAGACGACCAAGUCCAACAAGUGUCGACAACAGCAAACACAUCAGAGAAUCUCUUUCCGGAGAGUCCAGUGUAUGAGCCAGAGGAUGAAGUUUACCUCAUAAAAGAUGACUCCAUAAAAAACACCAGUGUUGCAGAAGCAGAAGCAAAAGGUGACUCCAUAACUCCUGUUAAGCGUAAACUAUCGGAAGACAGUUCUGAUAGCAAUGCGAAAAUUCAAAAAAUUGACUUAACCGAUAAUGAAGCCGCUGAAGGGCCAGCCUCUUGGGCUGACUCUCAAUCUUUGGAUGAUGAAGUUUCUAGUAUAACCAGUGUAGCUAAGAGGAAAUUAGAAGACGAAUUACCAUCAACAUCUCGCGUUCGCACCCCUGUCCGCUCUAGCCCCAGAAAAGUAUUAAAACGUAGUAACAGUGCUGAUGUGGCUACCCCGAAAACACCAAAAACGCCAAAAUCGCGUUCUGUCAGUGUUGACAUAAGCAAAAAUCGUAAAACACCAAGAAAAGGCCAACUUGACUUUGUCAAGAAGGAUGAAGACAGUCAAACUAGAAAUACUGACAGUCCGAGCCGCCCGAGUGUGGAAUUUGUGAGAGAAAUACUACCAGCCAAAAUUCCAGAAACUAUCGCCGAGGAGAGUAUAUCGGAACCGCUUAAUGACUCCCAGAACAUCUGCUUAGCUCUUUCACCAACACCUGAAGAUGAAGAGGAUAGUUCAAAGGCGAAAAUUACCAACUAUAGUAGUGAACCCACAGUGGUAAAGGAUAGAGAUGAAGUUAUUGGUCCCAGUGAGAUCAAAAAAGCUAAAAGUGACAGCUAUGUGUUCUCAGACGCGAAUAGUACAAAUUCAAUAGGAAAAGAGUUAAAUAAAGGUAAAACUACCGAUCAAGAGAGUACAGACAGUAUAAGUUCUGUAGGCUUAGAUAGCCCUGAACUUAUUGUGCCAACUGUUACAUCGAAAUUGAUAUCCAAAUUAUCCAAUGGCAAUUCAUCUACGCCAACCGAACUGGCCAGUGCUAAAAAUGGUACAUCAGAUAACAUCACACCUGAUAUCGCAAUGUUGAACGGCAAUAAAGUAAAGCGAGGGAAAAAUGAGUCAUUCCGGGCUAGCAAUACUACAACGCCAUCGACUAUAUCACCUUUACAGAAUGGACAUUCGAUACCAAUCAGUACUCCACAAAUACCAGUUUUCGAUAUCCACGUCGCACACAAUGACGAUUGCGAGUUUCUGUCGCUGUAUGUCGUACGAACAGAUAACGAUGUAGGGAUGGACAUGUGCAAGGAAUAUCAGCGGAUAUCAAAACGUUUCACUAUCGAUCCCUAUUUAGGUGAUGUGUCCGUUAGCACUUCACCAUCAAGCGUAACAAGCGGAGGAAUGUUGAAUCUUCAAAACAGGACAUCAUUUGCAUCAACAGUCAGUUCUACUUCCACAUCCAGCAACCGCACAAGCGAUGGAGCAUUUGUUGUACCUCAACCACCUCGAAAAUCGGUGUCCAAUCCAUCAACAUCGGUCAAGGGUUUUGAUGGACUGAUGAAAAAACUCCAAGAGAUAUUCUCGCACAUCAGAGAGGCCUCCAUUGAAGAUAGCAAUCGUUCUUUGAAUGAAGAAAAAGUGUCAGUUGGAAUACAAACAUCCGACUUGCUAAGUAACGGCAGUGCUAGUCCUGAAGAAGUUGGGAAAUGUGAUAAGGCAACACCAAAGAGCUCCUUAAAGAAAACAAGGGUGCGCGGAAGACGGCCUAUUGCAGGAAAGACGAAACGUGCGCUCUUGCCAACACAGCACGAAGAAGCAGAAUACGCGCAAGCAAUGUCACCCGAACCGACUACUACAAAUGGAGACAAUGGCAAAAUGUCUCCAAAAGACAUCAAGGACGAGAAACCGCUUUCAGCUUUAGUUGGAACACCAAAAUCAGUAUCCAAAUUGAAACAAAAGCGACGACCUACUUCACCGCGGCCGGCAACGCCGGUGGAAAAAGUUGUAAUCAAACCAGAAUAUCCAGGUUUUGCACCUGACACUGUAGUAUUGGCCAAAUGGGUUGACAAGCGCUACUACUCAGGGAAAGUUCUAGAAAUCACAGAACCAAACAAAUAUCUGAUUAAAUUCGAUGAUGGUCAGAGCAAAGUGCUUUUAGAUGACUUCAUAAUAUUUGGCGAUAUGAAAAAGCUGCCAUUACAAGGUCAAUCCGUGUACGCUUUGGUGGAUGAGGAGCAGAAUUACGAGCCAGGCUUAGUGCUUGACGUCGAAGAGAAUAGCAAUGGAACUGUCACCUACAAAUGCACAACUGACGGGGACACGAUAGUAAUAGUAACAGCUAGUGAGUUAUACCUCACGGAAGACCAAGCCAGGUCUCUAAAGGAGUCUGGUAGACCUCGCUCACCCUCUGCACCAGCAACACCUCGCCGACGACAUAACAGAGAACUCGAUCUGGAUAAUAUUAUACAGGGCCCGCGCAGCGCUCGCAGCCGGGACAAGGGAAAUUCGAGCGCUAGGAAACGCGUUGCAUCACCAAAGAGCCCUAAAGCUUCGACAUCAGGGGUAAAAACAAAAAGCACCCCAGUGGCCGGUCGUAAGCGGCUAGCAAGUGAGUCGAGUGAAAUGAGCGAAAGCAGUAACUCAGCUCCGCCGGUACGGUUGGAGGAAGUGACGGGCGUGGAGCCAGAGGUGCAGAAGACACCCCGAAAAAUUGAUGGAGUUAAAGCCGGUCCUCUCCAAUUGAAAGGUGCGGCGAAACAGAACAUUGGCAAGAAGAACUCCAAACUGACUAAAUUUGAGAACGACGAAGAUACCGUAUCGACUUUGGGACCUAUACCGCCUGCGGGAAGCACUCUGUUCGCUGGACUGCAUUUCCUGCUGACUUGCACUGAACAGCCAAGGCUGGUGGACAAGAGAGAACGGGAGUCGGAGAAGAGUCAUGACACGCGUCACUAUUCUUCAGAAGAAGACGGUGAAACCACAUCGUCAAUGGUAGGAACCGAUACUGAGGAAUUGGAAUUCUGCGAUCGUCCAUUCAAUAAGGAGCGGCUGAAGGAGCAGUUAGAAGCUGGAGGUGGCAUUGUUUACAGCGACUUCGACGACGUGCCAAAGAGCAAGUACGCGUCGUGCAUGCUGAUCGCGCCGCGGCCGUGCCUCACGAUCAAGUACAUCCUGUGCCUCGCGGCGGACGUGCGCGCCGUGUCGCACGCGUGGGUCGUGCGCAGCUGUGCGGCCGGCCGGCGCCUCGACCCCGACGCGUUCCUGCUGCCCGCCGGCUUCGCGCUGCACCGCCGCGCCUACGUCACCUGGGUUCCACCUUCCGGCAAGCGGAACACGACAUUCUUCGAAGACAAAGUGAUCCUCAUAUGCGGGGAACAAGACACGUUCGUCAAGUUUUGGGGCAGAGUCUGCACACUAGCCGGAGCUACCACUCGAGUGGUGAACGAAGAAGACCUCAACAUGUCGGGAGCCUAUGCUCUAAUUGCUGACUUUGACUGUCCCCACGAAGUCCAAAAUAAAGCGAACCAAGACAACAUACCAAUAGUUUCUCCGACGUGGGUGAAACAGUGCCUCAUCGAAGGCAAAGCCCUCCUGCCAACCAGCCACGACCGGUUCUCAUUUAUGUAUACGGAGAACGAAUGAUCCUGGGACUUCAAAAAAGUGCUCAUUAUACGUGAAUAUUGACACAUGGUGAGUGCUGUGACAGGGACACGAUUUAGUGAUAGUGCUAGUGUAAGUGUUGGUGCAAGCGACACUUUAACUUCUUGAGUAAGUGUAAGUGACAGUGUUGGUGCCAAAGUGACGCUAAUGGUGGUUAAAUGGAAGAAUUUGGAACUAUUACUGGUGGAAUCUUGGAUGAUCUCUUAAAUAAGGACUUGGAACACAUUCCGUUGUUAAAUAUAGGAGUGCGUGGAGGCUUCAGUCUUAUAGAUGGAUUUAAAUGUAAAUUUAUAAGUGUAUGUGCAUAGUGUAAGGAUGAUGGUAAGAUUUCUCAAAGAAUAUGUUAAUAUAGAUUUAUGAGAUAAAAAUGUAAUCCUUGAAACUACGAUCU